AUGGGUGAUUUUGUAUCGAUGCAAACUAAACGAUAUGCUGGGCAUGCUCACUGGCAAAAUGUAAAGCAUAUUAAAGAAGCUGGUGACCGUGAAAAGUCAAAAAAUUCACUAUAUUACAUUAAGGCUAUUCAUAAAGCGAUUCGAGAGGGUGGUGGUAUUCGUGAUCCAAAACUAAAUUCAGGAUUAGCUGCAGUUUUAGCUGAAGCUAAAUCAAAAUCUAUCCCACUUGCCACGUUAGGAAAACAAUUGAAUGAAGACUGUGUCACUGAUCCAUAUUUAAUUGAAAUAAGGGCUCCGGGCGGUUUAUUUGUGAUAAUAGAGUCUCGAGCUAAACAAGUCAGUUUGGAACGUCAACGUAUGGGUGCAGUCAUUAAACGAUAUGGAUGUUCACUUACUCCCGUAGGCGAUGUAGUCACUAAGUUUUUCGAUCACGUAGGUUUGGUCACUGUCCCUGGUACGUCAGUUAAACAAAUACCGGAUUUGGAUGCGGCAACUAAUUUGGGUAUUGAAGUUGGCGCAAAAGAAUUAUCAUUGGAUAAUGAUGAUGUGUACAUUAAUGCGAAGAAGUUUCAAUUUUCACUUUUUUUCACUGUGGAUCCAAAAGAAGCUAUACCUUCGUACACUUAA